AUUUUUCAGUCUCUUUUGGUUGCUUGUAAUCUGUGCUGCUACUAGUAGAGACACAGAACCUACAAAGCAAGUCAACCAACCAUCUAAUCUAUGGCUUUUUCAGUUUUCACCAACAAAAAGUCCAAAAAAAACUUCAAAAGUACCAUAGAGAAUCAAGAAAAGCAAUAAAAGCCCUUUUUCCCUCUUGUCCUUUUACUUCCAACUUUCUUGUCAUAAUUUUUUUCAUUCAUAGGCAAGUGGGGUUAAACAAUUACAGCCCUGUUCAUCAGAAAGUUUCAAUCUUUUUCUUUUAUCUCCAAAGUUACUGUCAUUUCAUGAUGUAGAGGAAGAUUCUUGGGUUCACACUAGAUCUGGGUUUCAAUGAACUUUUGGGGUUUGUAUUGAAGUAACAACUGGUGUUAAUCUGUGCAUAUAAUGAUGAAAACUUGAGUUUUGCAGUUUGUCUGGUGGCUAGUGGAGCUAAAAAAGAUUGACUUUUUGGGUUUUUUUUUGCUCUAAUGGGGAUUUGUCUGAGUAACCAAAUCAAGGCUGAGACAACAUUUUACACUGUUUCAGGGUUGGAUUCAAGAAAUGUCAGUGGAAAUGGUACCGAUAUUAGUAAUUCAAAUAGCAAACACUCAUCAGCUUCCGUACCCCCGACUCCUCGGAGUGAGGGUGAGAUCUUGCAGUCAUCCAACUUGAGGAGCUUCACUUUCAGUGAACUCCGAUCUGCAACUAGAAAUUUCCGUCCUGACAGUGUAGUAGGAGAAGGAGGUUUUGGCUCGGUUUUCAAAGGGUGGGUCGACGAGCAUACUCUUGCAGCAUCAAAGCCUGGCACAGGGAUUGUGAUAGCUGUGAAAAAGUUAAACCAAGAAGGGUGGCAGGGGCACAGAGAAUGGCUGGCUGAGAUAAACUAUCUUGGGCAACUGCACCAUCCAAAUCUUGUAAAUUUGAUCGGUUAUUGCUUAGAGGAAGAUCACAGGCUCUUGGUCUAUGAGUUUAUGCCUAAGGGUAGCAUGGAGAAUCAUCUAUUUAGGAGAGGUUCAUACUACCAACCACUUUCUUGGAGCCUUCGUAUGAAAGUUGCACUUGGUGCUGCAAGGGGCCUUGCGUUUCUUCAUAAUGCUGAAACAAAAGUUAUUUACAGGGACUUCAAGACUUCAAAUAUUCUGCUGGACUCGGACUACAAUGCCAAGCUUUCUGAUUUUGGGUUGGCCAGAGAUGGUCCCAUAGGUGAUCAGAGCCACGUGUCUACUCGGGUUAUGGGAACUUAUGGAUAUGCUGCUCCAGAGUAUCUAUCCACAGGCCAUCUUACUGCCAAGAGUGAUGUAUACAGCUUCGGGGUAGUUCUACUAGAAAUUCUAUCCGGUAAGAAAGCAAUAGACAAGAAUCGACCCAUGGGGGAACAUAGUCUUGUUGAUUGGGCAAAACCUUAUUUGACCAAUAAACGUAGAGUUUUCCGUGUUCUAGACGCCCGUCUUGAAGGACAAUAUUCACUUAGUCAUGCCUUAAAGGUUGCUAUCCUGUCUCUUCAAUGCAUAUCGAUGGACCCCAAGUCAAGGCCAACAAUGGACGAAGUAGUAACAGCUCUAGAACAGCUUCAGCAGUCCAAGGAUGUAGCAAAAAAUGAUAAGAAAGUCCGGCAGGUAAAUCAGCAUAGUCGAUCAAGCUUUGCGCUCAAGAAGUCCUGCAAAAGCAGCACGGAAGAGACUCCCGCGAAAUCCAAGUACCCAAGACCUUCACUUUCACUUCUUUCCUAGAAAGAGGAAAGUAAGUUUUUGGUGUGCCAGUUACUAGUACUCUUUUGUUCAAGAACUUCUGGCAUAUAACUAAGAAAAUGUCUUCAACAAGGAUGUACAGCUUGUCCUCUUUUUUUUUUUGUGUUUUAGUUUGUUGGAUACUGUUUGAACAAUAGAUUUAUGUGUGUUCAGUUUAUUAGUUAUGUAAGUUAACCUACUAUUAGAGUUCUAAUUACUACAACAACAUCCCCGUGUAAUCCCAUGAGUGUCGUCUGAGAAGGGCAGAGUAUAUGUAGACCUUAUCCCUACCUUGAGAGGUACAAAUGUUUUU